UGCACUAUGUCCCUCGGACACAGCAGAUCACCGAUCCACGAAAAAGAGCCGAAGAUGUCGGCUCGGUCAUGUGAUCAGCUGUGUCCAAUCACAGCUGAUCACAUGGCACUGAUGAUCAGUGUGCCCUGAUGAUCAGUGUGGCCUCAGAAGUGCCAGCUGUCAGUGUCCAUCAGUGCCUUGUGUCAGUGCUGAACAGUUCCACCUGCCAGUGCCCAUCAGUGCCACAUCAAUGCCACAUAUCAGUGCCUACCAGUGCACAUCAAUGCCACAUAUCAGUGCCCUUCUGAGCUGCCUUUCAGUGUCACCCAUCAGUGCCAGUCAGUGCCACCUAUCAAUACCAAUCAGUGCCACCUAUCAGUGC